AUGAUCGCAACUUCUGAAGCAGUAUUGAUUGCCUUAUAUGGCUAUAUAAGGACCGAUCAAUGUAUCAGGUCUAUAUUAACUAUAAAUGAGUUCCGAAUUUCUGCUUAUUUGCCCUUGAUUUCUUACAUUAUACAAGCAAAGAUGACGUAUAAAUGUAUGUUAGCCGAUAUACUGGAAGAAAAAUGUAUCGUAGUUCUAAAUCCCGAAAGAAAUACAUAUAUAACGUGGAAACUACCUUCACCUCAAACUUCCAAACCUUUAAUUCUAAAAAAAUUUAAACCAAACUUUAAUUCGUAUAUGAUCUUUCAAUUAGAUUGCACUUCCGAAAUUAUUAAAUCAAAAAUUUUUAUUGAAAACACUUCUGAAACGGAAACUUGUAAAGCAACCGCUGCUAUUUGGAAUAACGCCGAAGAAAGCGUUAAAACAGAAUAUCACAAUCUUAACUUAAAUAUAAAAAAGUUGGUUUGUGAAGAAGCAGAAUGUCGUGAUGAUGAGCAGAAAUAA